GUAGUUGCUCAGCUGUUUUCGGUUGCGUUGGACGGGCGGCUUUCGUGUCCCCGCAUUUCCUAUUUAUUUAUGUGUCCUCUUCGCAGUCCUUUAAUACUCGUUGUCUUUCCCUUCUCCUUCACUAUCUCUGGAAGAAAAAGGUGUAAUCUCAUCGGUGUCUGAAUUAAUCCGUCCACGAUAAGUAUAUAUUUUGAUGUGGUUUUCAGUAUUUUAGCGACAAUUCAUUUCAUAGUAUGAGUUAAACGUGCGUCGUCUGCGAUCAUGUGAGAAUUGAAGAAGAAAGAUGAAAAACUAGUAUUAUUAAGUGAACUGGACCUUUUUAUGUGAUUUGAUCAAUACCUUGAUAUCAACCGAGUGUGAAGAGACGGUAGAAAAUUGAGGAUUGAUCUAGAUAAAGUGUGAAAAAGGGAGAGAUGGGAAGUUUGAAAAGGACUGUGGGUGCUACUGGGAGAACCUCUUCCUUACCUGCCCCAAAGGUUCCCGCGACCAAGAAAUUAGCGACAGAUGCCUCCGUUGUGUUAACAGAGGACACUGACAGUUUUAUCAUUGGAGACCGAGUGUGGGUUGGUGGUACGAAGGGGGGGCAUAUUUCCUACAUUGGAGAAACACAGUUUGCCCCUGGAGAGUGGGCAGGAGUUACUCUUGAUGAACCCAUUGGCAAGAAUGAUGGAAGUGUGGCAGGUGUGCGUUACUUCCAAUGUGAGGCCAAGAAAGGUGUUUUCUCUCGCCUCACCCGCCUGUCUCGAACACCUCUCACUGACCAGGACAUCGAGAUCCUGACAUCCAGAUCUUCCACCGUAGGAUCAGACUCCCCAAAGACCAAUGGUACCCCAGCAGCUAGUGUGGCCUCGGGCCCUACAUCAUCUACCACACGUAAGGUUACUCCUGCCAGUGCCCCAACAGGCUCCACUGCUUCCUCCACCUCUGCUGUUGCUGCUAAGUCAGGUUCUCCUGCUCCUGCUUCUACUCCAAGGAAAGCUUCUAAUGCUACCCCAGCUUCUGUAUCCUCAGACUUGAAAGUAGGAGACCGUGUAGUUAUCAACAGUGCUUCAGGAGUCAAGCAUGGCACACUGCGCUUUAUAGGAAAGGCAGAUUUUGCCGAGGGCAUUUGGGCUGGGGUGGAAUUGGAUGAGCCCAAUGGCAAGAAUGAUGGUUCGGUGGCUGGCAAAAAAUAUUUUGAGUGCAAAAACAAGUAUGGGUUGUUUGCCCCAGUGGCCCGCGUGAGCAAGUUCACAGGGGGUUCAGGAACCCCGCGCCGUACUUCCUCCCUGUCCCAGACCCCCCGGGGCUCCCUCCGCCGUUCCAACAGCAAAGAGUCUAUUGGUGGAUCUUCUGUUGCCUCUUCCACAACAUCAUCCAUUCGGGGUACCAGGGAAGCGCUAGCAGAAAAAACCCAACAUGUUGAUCAGCUGAUGAGAGAGCGUGAUCUGGAGAGGGCGGAGGUAGCACGGAUGGCUGCCCAGGCAGAUGAGGCUACCAGAGCAGCUCAGGACAUGCGGAUGCAACUUGAUCAGCUACAAGUGGAGUCGGAGGAGCGCCUGCAUGACCUGGGUGAACGGGUGCGGCUACUAGAGAAAGAGCGGGAAGACAUUCUCACCAAAUUGGAGGACAAGCAGAGAGAGGUAGAUGAUCUGGCCUUCCGUCUGGAGGAAGAGUCCAUCACCAAGGCCGAUCUUGAGAAAUUGGAACGCCUGAAAGCAAGUCAGAGCACAACAGACGGAGAGUACAUCAAAGAAAUGAAGAAGGAGGUAGAAGAACUAAGAAAAAAACUCAAAGAACGGGGAACCAUAGAAGCUAACAGGGCAUUUGAGAUGGAGGAAUUGGAGAUUAAUCUGAGAGCUAGUGUGGAAGAACUUCAAGCUAAGGUGAUGGACAUGGAAAGGGAAAAGGAAGAACAAGAUAAAGUCCUGUUGGAAAAUAUUGAGAUGAUAAAGUCCCUCAAGACAAGCAAUGAGGCCUUGAAAAAUGACAUCAGUGAACGUGAGCAGAAGAUCCAACUCCUGGAAUCAAAGCAGGAGGAAGACGGUGCAAAAUCAAGGGAGAAGUCAACAGAAAUUGGCGAGAAGGAUGCGAAGAUUAGGGAGCUACAGCUUGAGGUUGAGAGGAAAGGGAAGGACUUUGAAGAUGUGUCCCAGCAGGUGGAGGAGGUCCUACAGGACAUCGUUAAGGAGAGACAAGAAAAAGACGUUCUUCGGAAGGAGAUAGAGGGACUCAAAACACAGCUCAGUUCAGGCUCAAGUGAGUCUUCAGGUCUUUUACUUGAACUUGACAAGGUGAAGGAAGAACUUGCGGCUGCCACUAGUCAACUUCAGGAAGUGAAUAACAAAAUCAAAAAUGUUGAAAUGGAGAAGACCAAAGCUGAGGAAGAACUCAAGCAGGCUAGCGGUUCAGCUUCAGAUAUGUCAGUCCAGCUCAAGAAUGUCACAGCUAAGCUGCAGGAUACGGAAAAAGAACUAUUGAUUUUCAAGGGGAGGCUUGAGAAAGCAGAAGUGUCCCUUAGAAGUGAGCAGGAAGGCAAGCUCUCCCAGACUGAAUCAGUGGAGAAACAGUUGUCAGAGUUAAAGGAACAGCACUCACAGCAACUUCUUAAUUAUGAAGAACAGGUCAAAACAUUGGAAGCCACAUUAGCUGAAAAGACAAUGGAGAUCAGUGAGUUUGGCAGGCAGAUCACGGCUGCAAGUUCCCAUGUGAGUGCCCUGGAAGAGCAGAAGAAGCAGCUGGAGGAACAAGUCGCAUCACAUCUGGCCUCCUCGUCAGAUUCCUCACAACAGCUGACCACCCUUAACAACCAACUGCGGGAGAAGGAAAAGCAAUUGGAAACCAUUCAGGAACAACUGCGUGAAAAGGAAGCGGCCCUCUCUCGGGAGGUGGAGACGAGGGAGAAGGAGAACCAGGCAGUACUCCAGCAGGCCAAAGAAGCUAAAGAGAAAUCUGAGGCUGAGUUGCAGAUGCUGAAGGAGAAGCUGAGUGAGAUGGAGAAAGAAGCUGAUGAAAGCAAGAGCCAAGUGGAGGCCCUAAAGAAACAACAUAAGACAGAAAUGGAGGAGUUGAUGAAGCAGAAGGAUUUGGAGAUCUAUGAGUCCCAAGAACAGUUGAUGCUGAAAGAGGCUGAAGUUACAACAUUAGAGGAGACACAGAAGAGUUUGGAGAAUCAAGUGAAGGCCAUGACCUGUGAAUCAGCUGACAAACAGGGAAGCAUGGAGAAGGCACUUGCUGACAUGAGAACAGAGUUGGAUAAUCUAGUCAAGGAGAAAAACGAGAUGGUUAGGAGGAAGACGGAAUUAGAGGAACAAAUAUCAAGUCUGGAGAAUGAUAACUGCAAGCUACGAACAGAGCAGGAAGCGAACCUCUUGGCUGUGACCGAGAGGGAUCAAAAGGUGGCAGCCUUGAAAGCAGAGGUGGAACACUUGAUGACCUCCUUCAACAGCCACCGAGAAGACCUUCAAAAACAGCUGAUGCAAGUGCAGGCGGAUAAGGAGGCAAUGGCAGAGAUCCAGAAGACAUUGUACGUCUGUCUUCCAUGGCUCUUCUUACUUAGCCCCCCCCCCCCCCUUCCUUUCUUGUGA